UAGUUUUAGUUUGGGUGAGUCCUUUCCGUUGUUCUGAAAAGGCAGGAGCACACUGCAGGUGGAGAAUUUCUGAGAGGAAUUUCUUCUUAAUAAUGCUUAUUCUUUAGGAAUGAUUUCUGGUUCAGCCACACAUACUGUCAGGAAGAGCCUGGAUCAGGUAAAGGGUUUCCCAUCAAGUUAGAAUUGAUAUGAAGAACUGGAGCUAGGAUCUAUAAAGAUCAUACCGCAGAGUAUGCUAAAUCUGGUGCUCCUGUGAUGAUCUUCUUGGCUAAUUUGCUUGCAUGAGGACUGAUGAAGAUCUUGAGGCAAUGUCCUCUCUGUCUAAAAGAGUUACCCUCCAACUAGUUGGCUUUUCUUUGGGCUCUCUCGGCUGGAUUUUAUCCUGUAUUACAACGAGGCACGCAGAGUGGAGGCUGUGGCUUGUGGAUAAUACCACCAUCUUCUCCUCUGGUAUUGCCCAUGUGGGAAUCUGGAAAAUCUGCUUUCCUCCAAACUUAAAAAUCUCCAGUGAUUAUGGUAUAGUGUGCUGUCACGAAUUCAAUUUCAAUGAAAACUUUUUCCCUGUGGAAAUGUUUCUUGCCCAGAUCCUCCUGCUCAUUGCUACUUUCUUGGGAGGAUUAGGAAUAUUUUUCACUCUCUUACCACCCUGGCACUUUUAUAUGGGAACAAUUCGCAAAACUCAGGCUAUCUGCUUGUUUCUAGCUGGAGGGAUCUUGUAUAUAAUUGCAGGUCUCUGUGUCUUAGUCCCAGUGAGCUGGAAUUUCUAUUCAGUAGCAAACAAUAGCAGCAUCCCCUUUCCUCCUUCUUUCCACCUGCCUUCUUUCCCAGUAGCACAGAAAAUUGGGAUUGCUAUUCCUCUGGGGAUCUCAUCUGGCCUCAUGUUGCUAAUAAGUGGGAUCAUUUUCCUCUAUAUCAGAUCUCCCGUGACAUCAAUUAGGGUAAACCCUAUGAACCCAAGAUCUUAACUAUCAGCCUAAAGAGAGAGACAACAUUCUAGAAAGUGUUUUCCAGAAAUUCUUUGGAUUUGAAUCAGACAAAUAUAAAUAAAGUUGAUGGUUAGUUCUUAUAAAAAUAAAACAGUGACUCCUAUUAAUUGCCAAAUAUUUCCAAGGAUUUGUCAAUAAUAUCAACAGCUGUUUCACUCUACCACUGAUAAAUGUUGGUAUCU